AUGGCUGUGUCACAGAGACAAAGAGAGCUGAGUGUCUGUAGUAGGAAGGUGUGGUCAUCUGUGCUGAAGGCAACUGAGAGGUCAAGCCGUAUGGAUGUGACGCCUUCAGGUGGCUCAGCUGUAAAGCACAGAAGAGAACCGUAUUUGUGGGAUCAGGUGAAGACGGAGGAAGAUGAAGUUCCUAUAAAUACGUCUACAGAUGUUUCGGUGAGUUUGGAUAUUCCUAGUCAAUGCCAGACUGCAGAUACUUUUUCCGGUAUCUUUAAUAAUCGCAGAAGCCGUAUUGGAAAGAAGUCUCUGUCAUCUUCUGAAAAUGGGAAAGUAAUGCACAAGGAUUUAAAUCUUAUUGCGCAUCAGAAGAAAAAUACAAGAGAGAAAGCAUUUUCCUGUCCUGAAUGUGGGAAAGAGUUUGCUAUGAAAUCCCGUCUUAUUAGGCAUCAGAAAAGUCACACAGGAGAGAAAGCGUUUUCAUGUUCUGACUGUGGGAAAAGUUUUACUCUGAAACUGAGUCUUGUUCGCCAUCAGAACAUUCACACAAAAGAGAAAGCAUUUAUAUGUUCUAUAUGUGGGAAAAGUUUUACCCAGAAAUCCAGUCUAAUUACACACCAGAAUAUUCAUACAGGAGAGAAAACAUUUUUAUGUCCUGAAUGUGGAAAAUGUUUUACCCGGAAAUCAAAUUUAAUUAGACACCAGACGAUGCACACGGGAGAGAAACCAUUUUUAUGUUUUGAAUGUGGGAAACGUUUUAUCUGGAAAACCAGUCUUAUUAGUCACCAGAAAAUUCAUACAGGAGAGAAGGUGAUAUUGUGAGAAAUAUUUUACUCAGAAAUGUAAUUACUUUUUUUUUUUUUUACUUACCUAAAUGAAUUGAUGCUCAUGUAAAGGCAAAGGGCGGUAAUGACAAAUAUUGAUUUGAUUUAGAUUUUUCUUCUGUUCAAUCACUUGGCAGUUUGCAAAUUGAUACAAAAUAAACUGUUGACAUUUC